AUGAGGGUUUUUUUUUUGUUCAAUUUUAACCCAUUGCUGUCUACUUCUUUUUCUUCUUUCUUUCUUUCUUUCUUUCUUUCUUGUUAUAUUUAUCUGCGAUCAAAAGAUCGGUUACACUUUGCUGUCAGUAGAUGCGAUCUUAAGAUCGUUUUCGCCGCGGUUGUCCGUAGCUGCGAUCAAAAGAUCGGUUUCACUUCGCUUGUCCGUAGCUGCGAUCAAAAUAUCCCUCUCACAUUACUGCCUGUAGCUGUCAGCAAAUUAUUUCUCUCACCUCGCUUGCCCGUAGCUGUGAUCAAAAGAUCGGUCUCACCUCACUUGCCCGUAGCUCUGCGAUCAAAAGAUCGGUUACACUUUGCUGUCCGUAGCUCCGCUCAAAAGAUCGUUUUCGCCUCGGUUGUCCGUAGCUGCCAUCAAAAGAUCGGUUUCACUUCGCUUGUCCGUUGCUGCGAUCAAAAUAUCCCUCUCACAUUACUGCCAGUAGCUGUUAGCAAAUUAUUUCUCUCACCUCGCUUGCCCGUAGCUGUGAUCAAAAGAUCGGUCUCACCUCACUUGCCCGUAGCUGAUCAAAUGAUUGGUCUCGCCUCGUUUGUCCGUAGCUGCGAUCAAAAGAUCGUAAUUUCCUUCGCUCUCUUUAUAAACCUCUCUCUCUCUCUCUCCUUCUGUCUCUCUCUCUGUCUCUCUCUCUCUCUCUCUCUUGCCCUCUCUCUCUCUUUUGUUCUCUCCCUCUUGCUUUCUCUCUCUAUAUUUAUCGAUGUUCAGAAAUUUCUAUCACAAACAUACGGGUGUAUUGCAUUCGUUUAUCUGUCGGUCACUCCAGAAAUAUCUAUCUAUCUAUCUAUCUAUCUAUCUAUCUAUCUAUCUAUCUAUCUAUCUAUCUAUCUAUCUCUGUUCAUAUCUAUCUAUCUCAUUAUGUUAAUAUCAAUCUCAUUAUGUUCAUAUCUAUCUGUCUCAUUAUAUUUUAUAUCUAUCUAUCUAUCUAUCUAUCUAUCUAUCUAUCUAUCUAUCUAUCUAUCUCAUUAUGUUCAUAUCUAUCUAUCUAUCUCAUUAUGUUCAUAUCUAUCUAUCUAUCUAUCUAUCUCUGUUCAUAUCUAUCUAUCUCAUUACGUUAAUAUCAAUCUCAUGUUUAUAUCUAUCUGUCUCAUUAUGUUUAUAACUAUCUAUCUAUCUAUCUAUCUAUCUAUCUAUCUCAUUAUGUUCAUAUCUAUCUAUCUAUCUGAUUAUGUUCAUAUCUAUCUAUCUGAUUAUGUUCAUAUCUAUCUAUCUAUCUGA